AUGUAUCAGACCAGUAUGGGCAUCAAGAUGGAGUCACAGACUCAGGUCUUUGUAUUCGUGUUGCUCUGGUUGUCUGGUGUUGAUGGAGACAUUGUGAUGACCCAGUCUCACAGAUUCAUGUCCACAUCAGUAGGAGACAGGGUCAGCAUACCCUGCAAGGCCAGCCAGAAUGUGGGUACUGCUAUAGCCUGGUAUCAACAGAAACCAGGACAGUCUCUUCAACUUCUUAUCUAUGGUGCAUCCAACCGGUUCACUGGGGUCCCUGAUCGCUUCUCAGGCAGUGGAUCUGGGACAGAUUUCACUCUGACCAUCAGCAAUGUGCAGGCUGAAGACCUGGCAGAUUAUUUCUGUCAGCAGCAUAGCAGCUAUCCUCUCACAGUGCUUCAGCCUCCUACAUAA